AUGCCCCUGUUCACCCCAACUGAAAUGCGGGCGUGCUAUAGGAGAGGCCCCUUUCGCGGCGGGGGCGGUGGAGAAGGCAGCGGCCGCGGCCGCGGCGGAGGCGGCGGGGGCGGCGGCGCAGGCGCCCCUCUCGAGCCAAGCGGGCGAGGGCGUCAGGAUGGACAGCAGCAUCGGGACUCGCGCUUCCCUCGGGACGACCACGCGCAGCAGCGACAGCAGCAUCCCGGCCGUGGCAACGCGGGCUGCGGCCGAGGCGGCGGGAAUCACGGCAGGGUCGACAGCGACAGCACUCACGGUCCAUACCAGGGCCACGGCGGAGGCGGCUUCCAAGGCCAGCACUGCUCGUCGCAGCAGCAGCAGCGUCGCAACAACCAGCAGUAUGACCCGCCAUGGUGGGAGCCGAAGGAGAUCACACAGGCGACGAGCUCGUCUUCUUCUCGACCUGUUGGCUGUCCACUUGAAAAGAUAGAAGUCAAACUGCUCGUGAACCACUUCAGAAUCGAGUUUGGAGGAUCAACUAUCUUUUGCUAUGGGAUCGAGCUUGGUCAAGAUUCUUCUGAGACUUCAGAUCAGAGGUUUGCAACGGCUAAACUCUUGGAGAUACUUGCGCGGCCUCCAUAUUCAUUAGCUGCUGCCUCUGAUGGCAAGGGCCAUCUGUUCACCUUUGCCAAACUGCCACAAAGUGUAUAUCCAGUGGAAGUCCGGUCACGGACCUACAAUGUAUCAGCAGUGCUCAAGCCGGACCUGGAGCUGAGGCAACCCCUUCGGCCGCCUGUGACUAAAGGGAUCUUGCCGGCUCUUGAUGCCAUUGUGCGUGAGGCCUCUAGCUCAGGCAAGAUUAUCAUCGGUCAGACAUUUUAUUCACAGCAGCAGCGUCCUAAGAUCAGCUCUCAUGGGGCCUUUACUACCGAAGCUCUGGAAGGAACCAUGCAGACCCUAAAAGCCACCGAGCAAGGGCUGGUGUUGUGCGUAGACUAUUCAGUUAUGGAGUUUUGCCGAGAUGGAAGCAGUGUUAUGGAUCUUGUUAAGCACUUGGUGAAGCGGUUUGACACUGAUAUUCCCUUUGACAUGGAAACAGCUCUAGACGAGAAGCAACAGAAAUAUUUGGAGAGUCAGCUGAAAGGCCUCUGUAUCACAGUGAAUUACCUGAAGAAGUCCUCCAAAGGGAAAGACAAUGGGACCAGAAUUCGGAAGUACAAGGUUCAAGGUUUGACAGCCGAGCCUGCGCAACUUAUCACAUUCGAGGACUUUGAUUCAGGGAAGCCCCCCCAUAAGCUUGUUGAGUAUUAUCGUGAGCAGUAUGAAGUGGAGAUUCAGUAUAAGAUGCUUCCAUGCUUGGACUUGAGCACGACAAAUGGCAGACCAAAUUAUGUCCCGAUUGAGCUCUGUACUCUUCAUCGACGGCAGAAGUAUCCCAAGGACAAUACACUCAAGGGUUCCAAGCAGAAGCCAAAGGACAAGCCACUCGAAUCAAAUGCCCGGAAAGAUAGGAUUCUGGAUAUGGUAAAACCUCCAGAAGGGCCUUGCAGCAGUAGCAGAGGCCAGCAAUUUAACAUUACAUUGAACAGAGAGAUGACAGAAGUCACGGGUACUAUUCUUGCUCCCCCCACCCUGACAGUCGGCUCCUCCACUGGCCGCCGCGACUACAAUAUCACCAAGAAAAACUGCCAGUGGAACCUCAUGAAUUGGAUGAAACUGGUAGACGGCAAAGUACUGAAGUGCUGGGGCAUUCUCGACUUCAGUGCAAGUGCAACGCCAUCUCACUCUGGCCAGGAAGGGCCGCUUGAUGGAGACAAGUUCAUUCGCAAUAUUGUCAGGAAGUGUCUUAACCUUGGCAUUCAGAUGGACGGACAAGACUGUGUUGUGCGUCGGUCAGCAAUGUCAGUGCUAUCUGAUCCGGGCAAACUACGCAAGGAGCUUAUCCAGGUGAAGAAGGAUGCGGAGGAGCGCACGCAGAAGAAGCUGCAACUCCUCUUCUGCCCGAUGUCUGAGCAGCACCGUGGGUACAAGAUACUGAAGAUGAUCUGCGAGACAGAGCUGGGGAUCCAAACCCAGUGUCUGUUGAGCCACCUCGCAAACAAAGGCAAGGGCCAGGACCAGUACUUGUCCAACCUUGCCCUCAAGAUCAACAUCAAGCUCGGGGGAAGCAACAUGCAGCUAUCUGACCAGCUUCCAAAGGUGACUGGCUCACGUUUCAUGUUCAUCGGCGCGGACGUGAACCACCCGCCUCCAGGAGACACGGUGAGUCUGUCGAUAGCAGCUGUUGUGGCGUCCAUGGAUUGCCCUAGCGCCAGCCAGUACGUGCCGAGAAUCCGUGCCCAGAAGCGCGGCACGGAGGAGAUCGAUAACCUCGGUACCAUGUGUAAGGAGCUCAUCCAAGUCUACAUGGAAAGGAACGGCGGCUUCAAGCCAGACAAGAUCAUUUACUUCCGCGAUGGCGUGAGCGACGAGCAGUUCAAGAUGGUCCUUGACAAGGAGCUAGUGUCUAUGGAGAAGGGUAUCUGCGAAGACGACUACUCGCCGACGAUCACAGUUGUCGUGGCCAAGAAGCGGCACAACACGCGGCUGUUCCCCAAGGACGAAAACGAGCUGCAGACAACGAAUGGCAAUGUGCUCCCUGGCACGGUCGUCGACACAGUCGUGGUCGACGGGUCGCACGAUGACUUCUUCCUCUGCAGCCACGACGGGCUGCACGGGACGAGCCGGCCCACGCACUACUACAUGCUGAAGAACGGGCACGGCUUCAAGCCCGUGGACCUGCAGAAGCUGGUGUACAGCAUGUGCUUCAUGUUCGCUCGCUGCACCAAGCCAGUGUCGCUGACGGCGCCCAUCAAGUACGCCGACACCGCGGCCUACCGCGGCAGGGACUACUACGACAGCAGGAUGGUGUCCCAGCAGUUCCAGGUCCAGGAGCCCGGGCCAUCAUCGUCGGCCUCCGUCCCCGCGGGUGCUCCCCUGUUCCGGGGUAUGCCCGAGGUGCACGCUGAUCUCAAGGACAGCAUGUUCUUCAUCUGAUGCCGCAUGCUUUUCAGCAUGGUAUAAGCUCCAACGCUGCGUUCUGCUUCUUGUGUGCGCCUUCUUGCUGUGUAUGGUGAAGGCCUUUGGCUGGCGCUUCUGUUACAUAUUUGCUGUGUUCUGUAGAUGCUCGUCAAACUGACUCUUUACAGCAUUGCUGUGUUUCUGUACAUGCUCGUCAAAUUGGCUGUUACAGCAUUGCUGUGUUUCUGUACAUGCUCGCCAAAUUGGCUGUUACAGCUUUGCUGUGUUUCUGUACAUGCUCGCCAAAUUGGCUUGUUACAAACUUGUU